GUCAGUAUCUCGCGCUGUGCGGAUUGUUGAAAAUUUGGAGUUGAUUGAAGACGUUGAGUGGUGGACGUCUUCUCCAGAUAUUGAUUUAUUGAAUAGUGGUUUAUGUUAUAAUAAUGCGAUAAUGAAGAAGACAGAGAAGUUUGUUAGAAGGGCAAUCGAUGCUGAUCCCCUUGCAUUUGGAGACACUUGGUUCUUACCGGAUAUUUUCUUUGACUUCUCUUGGGCGUCUCUUUUAAAGAUAGGGGGUUGGGGGUUAUCUGUGCUGUCUCUUGCUGCUUUGCAUGUCGUAGUAAUGACAGCUGCUACUUUCUGCAACGCAUUUUUACUGGAUGUUCAUCCUCGUUUGAUGGCGAAGUUAGAUUAUUUAGGGGGAGCGUUCUUGACUAUGGCUUUGUUUUUUGCUACAUUGGGGGCGUCUUCAUUUGUUCUCUGGUUUCUACUCGGUGCAUUAGUUAAUUCUGAUGCUUUCCUUCCUUAUGCUGCUAUGUUCGGCUCCGUCGUCUUUGUCAUUUACUUCCUCUGGAACAACUUCGUUACAUCCAGGGAAUCUGUCAGCAGAUACAUUGAAGAAAAUAUGCAGCUGCUGCUGUCUCUAGCGUUAGACCAUUGGUUCGCCCACACCAACAUCACAUACACCGGAAAGGAACAACUUGUAGCAGAUGAAACCCUUAUGGCGUACAGAGACAAAAUACGAGACGAGCUCAGGGAGGCGCGCAUGCGCAUGCGGCGGGAGUAUCAAAUGGGAUAUGUACAAGAAGAGUCAGAUUCUUUUUCAAGUCAUUCUGGCGGUUCUUUAAAACACUUUGGCUCUGCAGGAAUUAAAAGAAAAAAAGAAAAACUGGCCACAUAUGUGUACGAGAAGGUGGCGGCUCCAUUUGAAAAUGCAUUUCGCAUUGAUGAGAAUGGGAAGGCGACGGGUCUUAAUUUAAUUCCUAACUUACCUGAAGGAGCUCGAUUUGCUACAUGCGCGGAGGUGGAGAGACACAGCGAACGAGUAGAAGAUAUGUUAACAGGCUGGGACGCAGUGAUGCUCAAAGACGGUAUUAAAUACGGGCCGAGAUACGGAUACAAAGUAGAUAUAUCUCCUACUCCAAACACUUCAUAUAAUCAAGCUAUAAUAGCCGUCCCUAAAUACCCUCCAGCAGAGGAGUUAGAUGAGAUGCUCAAAGUGCAGUUAAUAUUUUCAAAGUUUGUUGACGAACAUAAAGAUAAACUCUCUGCAAAAAAUUACUAUGCUCUGCUUCAUAGAGUCAAAGGAAGCGAUGCAGACCCAAGUCAGUGGGAGCAGCUCUGCGAAUAUUACAACGAAGCGGUGAACACCAACAUAGACCCAGCGGUCGGAAUUUCUUUACCAGACCUCGCUAAGAUAUAUAGCCUUCAAUCAGGGGAUUUAGACAGAGACUAUGAAUUGCUUUACCCUACACUGCGACAAGGAGAAGCAGAAGAGAUAGACAUGGAGGAGUUUGAUAGAAUGAGCGAUGAAAGCAUUGAGCUAUCAGCCAGCGAACCCUCUGAUACAGAGGAGACAUCUGAAGAAGAAGAAGAAGAUAUGCCCAAUGAGGCAGACGAUGAAGGAGAAGAGCAAAAGACAAUGGCUAAUACAGAAGAAGACAGAAUUGAAUAUGAAUUAAAAACAAAACUAAACGCGAGAAAACUUCAGUUUAUCUACAACUACGUCACUCAAGAAAAUAGGGGACCCGCCGUAGACGAGUUGAUAUCUUCUGUCCCCUAUUUAGCAGCAAAGACACUGGAGACACAUUUGUUGCUGCUGUCUCCUGUCUUUGGAAGAGAAGCACCAUUAGGGCUUGCUGCUUCGAGCAUGCGUAUAUCUAGAUAUGCUUCUUCUAUUGCUACUGGUUCAGGAGGUGAGGAUAGAUUUGUGACAUUAUUGAAAGUAAUGCAAGUAGAGUUUUAUCAAGAAUUAACCCGACAAUUUCGCAUAGUGCAUGCACAGAUGUUUGACUCAAUGAAUGUACGAAGCGGCGUUCAAGAUUUUUUUGACAAUGUUCUUCCUCAGAAGGUCUCUGCAAAAGCUUCUCGUUUAUUAAAUAGCAGUCUUGAGCUUAAUAAGGUGGAUAUACACCCUAUUAAUCAUGAGGCAUUACUUACGGGGCCUCCUAAGACAGCUAAUCAACUUAUGAAGACACUUCAAAGAUAUAGAAUUGAGAAAGACUUUGAAAUUAGAGACAUUCUUGCUCUUAUUGCUAAAGCACAAGGAGCCCAACAGCAACAGCUGCAGAUACACCUCAUCAUGAAAACCCUUCUAGAUCUACAAAUUAUUGAACAGAGAUAUGCACAAGAGACUGAGCUAGAAAUUAUUGUCGACGGAGCAGCCAUACGAGAGAAAGUGUCUCCUUUAUUACAACAAUGUGACUCCUUUAUAACUGCAGAGUGUCUCCUUUGA